CAGAUUCGAUUCUAGGGGAAUAUAUGGUCGAUGCAAAAACUUCACCUUGCUGCAAAUGGUUAGAAGUUUAAAUACUGACGGAAUCAAAAUACACGUGCUUGUUGAAUCCUGAGAAAUUCUAAGUGUUGCUGCCUCUCUCAUAUUUAUGAUACAUUAAAACGUUUAUUCAAAUUUCAUUUGUCGUUCAAUCGUAACUGCCAUUAAUAGACUGUGAAUUUAAACAGUUAAUCUCACAAGAGCUACAAAUUUUCUGGAAAAAAAUGCAUAAAUCUUUAAAAAGAUACUUAUAAAUUAGCUAGAUAUGGCAGACGUUAGCAAAAUUUCCCUGUCAAGUGUCCAGAUCUCAUCAAAAUAUUUACGACAGCAGCAAAAGCAGCUUUCAACUCAUUGAAAUGUACUUACUGGUGCUUCAGGAAUGAUAUUGGUGAAUGAAGACUGACUUUAUCUCAUUAAACCUGUGAUAUUUUUAACAUAAUUAAAUGCCAUCUCCAAUUCAAUUGACCGAACAUUAGUGGUUAAAAGUGAACAGUUUCUUGUUAUCUGUACGAUUUUAUACACAUAUAUGUAUAUACUUACGUGUGUGUGUGUGUGUGUGUGUCUGGGUAUACGUAUACACACGUAUAUAUUGAGGCUUGCAAAGUGAAUGAGAAGUUACUGAUUGCCUAAUUUUAUUCAGCAGAACUAAAUUCUGGUAACUUUUGGAUGACCUCUGCGAGACAAAGACAGGACAGAUCUAUUGUACAUCAUAUUACCCUCUUCUUUGAUGUCUGUUCUUUUCCUUGCCUCCUUAUCAGUUUCCUGCCUUUUGCUCCUCCUUCAGCUCCUGGCUCUUUAUUUCUGUCGAUAUUUUAUUUUAACCAACGUAACAAGCCCCGGUGGAGAUCCUGGCUGCUAAAUUAGACGGCAGGGCGGGGGGGAGCGGGGGCAGCCCAGACAAAAGGCCGCUCUACCUGAGGGCCGGGCAGGCGGCCGCCGCUCGGCGCAUAUCCCUAAAACACUGCUCUCUGGGUCGGAGGACGAAACCGGCCGGAGAGGGGGUCACUCGAUUACACGGAUGUUGUUUAGUGAAAUUUGUGGGAAUUAGGAGCUGCACACAAAUCCGGUGACCGGCUGCCCGCCUCCCAUUGGCCGGGCCGGUCACAUGCGCGCCCAACUUUAUUCAGUUGACAGCAAGUAGGAGGGCUCUAUGGAGGGAGGAAAAAAGACAACACGAGAAAAAUUAGUGUUUUCUACCUUCAGAAAUUAAUGGCCAUGAGUUCGUAUAUGGUGAACUCUAAGUAUGUGGAUCCCAAAUUUCCUCCUUGCGAGGAAUAUUUGCAGAACAGCUACCUAGCCGAGCAGGGCUCCGAGUACUACAGUGCCUCGCAGGGCGCUGAUUUCCAGCACCAGGGACUCUACCCACGGUCAAACUACAGCGAGCCGCCCUUUAGCUGUAGCGGUGCCCAGGGCCCCGCCGUGCCGCCGCGGGGUCACGGGCAGGAGCAGUCCGGCCCCCCGGGCCCCUUCCCCGGGCCGGCAGAGCAGCGCCCGCCGCCGCCGCUGCCCUCCUCCCGCGCCUGCAGCCAGCAGCCGGCCCUCAAACCCCCAAACGGGGCAGCACUUAAGCAGCCAGCAGUAGUUUAUCCCUGGAUGAAGAAAGUCCAUGUUAACUCGGUGAACCCCAAUUACAGCGGAGGGGAACCUAAACGCUCCCGAACAGCUUACACCAGACAGCAAGUCCUAGAACUGGAAAAAGAAUUCCAUUUUAACAGGUACCUGACCAGGCGCCGCCGCAUUGAGAUAGCGCACACUCUGUGCCUCUCUGAGCGCCAGAUCAAGAUCUGGUUUCAGAACAGAAGAAUGAAGUGGAAAAAAGACCACAAACUGCCCAACACUAAGGGCAGGUCUUCUUCCUCUGGUUCAAACCCACAUUUACAGACUGUUUCCAAGGACCAUCAGACUGACUUGACAACUUUAUAGAAGAGGUGAAAUUUUCCAUUUCAUCCUUUGAGUCUGACCAGUACUGUACAUAACUGACACUGUCCAAGCAGAACCUGCAUGUAGCAGCUAAAGAAUCGAGAAACUGUCAUCUUUCUGUAAGGUACUGUUGUACAAAGGAGACAAAAUGACGCUACUUUGGACUUUAUUUUAUUUGCCUCUACUAGCACAACCUAAAAAAAAGAAAGAAAAAAAACAAAGAAAGAAAAGAAACAUCAUGCAGGCAGUGGGGAUUGGGAAAAUAUGAAAGGAGACCUUCUGUCCAUGAAUAGUAAUAAAUCAUUGAAAAUGAAACUGUCCUGUGUUUCAGUUUUGAAUUUGAAAGUGAAGGUUAGAUGCUUUAUUCUGGGAUUUUUGCUUUUAAUUGUCUUUUUAUCCCAUGCAAUUUCGGGAUGAUGCAUUUGGGCAAGUUGAGGACAGGAAAAUUAUAGUACAGUCUUUUAUUUAACAAUGAAGACUAGUUUUUGUGAACUUUUUGUGCUGCUUUACCUUUCUUGGUGUAAUGAAAAUACUUGCUCAUUUCCAUAACGUCUCAGAAGAUGUGCAUAGGAAUUAAGUGAAAACGGGUUAUUUUAUGUUCUGAUUGUGUUAGCUAUUUAUUUAUUUGUUAUGUAGACGAAUGAAGAUACAAUGAAAAGAAAAAUAGUCAAACCAAAAAUGGGAAAGGGGAGCUGAAAUGCAGCGUUUCUCCUUCCCAGUCUCAUGAACACAUGUAUAAUGUUUACUUGUCUUGAACGUACACAACUUUCUUGUCCCAUUUUUUUACAUUUCCUUCUCUGUGAAUAGAAAAAGCGUCCCUACUCCUUAUCCUGUAACAUCCAGGGCUAACAAGCUUGAAAAUCUGUUUCCAAAGUCUGCUCUGCUCUGCGCUGUACUUUAAACCAACGAUACCUCAUUUAAGAAAAGGAAAAAUAAACUAAAAAGAAAACCCUAGAGUGAAAAAUCAAAGCGAUUGCUGGUAUUGUUUGAGCCAUUUUUUUCUCAAAGCUGAAUCCAUUCUUUCUACCUGAUUUAAAAUUUAUUUACUGUGCAAAAGAGAGGGGAUUUUUGUGGGUUGUUGCUUUGUUUUACGCUGGGUGAUUUGGGUUGCUUUUUUUUUUUUUUUUUGGAAGAACAGAGAUUGUUGGUAAGCAAAGCAGGGCACUUCAGCGAAAUGCUUGGAAAUCGCGGCACGCUGAUAUCCGGGGAAGGCGGAAGGCUGGAAGGCAGCAGAGCUGGGCUCGUCCCCACGCGUUUGCCCGUGGCUGCCGCUCGCACCGGGUCCACGUUUGGGGGCGAUCCCCCCGCGCCGCCAGCAGCGGAGCAGCCAGCGCGGCUCCGCGGCCCCCGCCCCUCCGCAGGGCUCGGCGGGCCGAGGCGCCGUCCGGGCCCCGGCACCCCCGGGGCAGCCCGGGGAGGCUGCCGCUCCUCCGCAUUUGAGCUGGCUGAGCCUGCUCCCCAAGAGCGGAGGGAGAAGAGGGAACCCCGGACCAAAAGCUCAAGUUCCACCGGUUUAAAGGGAGAUGGAACAGCAACGUGCGAGUCCUCGCUAAAGCGCCCAGGUCCGGGCUGAGCCUUUCCCAGGCAGGACACGCCGGUUUCUGAACCCGCUCGGGGCAGCGCCGGGAAAGCUGGGCUUGCAUAAGCACGAAAAUGAAAGGCGAGCUUUUCAAAACGUGUGUAUUCGGCAAAACUGGCUGUGGUCAGCGGUUUAUUUCUGCCCUUUACUCGUCCCCAGAAGUCCGCAAAGUAUCUUGCAGGACUUGGUCUUUUGUUUUAGAGCCUGGAGAAAACUCUUUGUUCUUCCUGAGGGUUAGCCCACUUCUCAGACUUGCACAUGGCAAUCCUUGAAUAUCUCCACGUCGUGAUAUUAAAGAUGGAUAUUCCUGCAUUAUUCGCAUCAUUGUUUCUAUGACAAAAAGCACGGAGUUCAUACAUAGUAAAGACGUCUUUUUUCUGACGCCUUCACGUUGAGAAGCUGAAAAGGUAUUUUACUGAAGUUCGGCUAAAUUGCAGGAACAGGUUCACCCAGAGGACAAAUUUUCUAUUCGAUUAGUUGUAUUUCAGCCGGGAAGAGUGACCUCUAAACCCUUAACCUUUUGGACCCAAACUACUCUUCCCUUUCUCUGGCAUGGAGAGCAGCUAGCAGCAGCGCUUGAGGAGGGAAUUCCUUAGACAAGUUUGCAAGUUUUGUUCCACCCAGUUCUUGCAGUAGCAGCCUUCCGUCUCCAGACUUGUCCAAAGCCCAGCCUUUGCUCUUCAUACGAAGCCGUGGGGCAAAAAGGAAAAAAAAGUCCUCUGGCUGCUCUCCUUGAAAAUCCCCCUCGCGGACCCCCGCUGUUUACUUGAGGUCUGUGAUAAGCUGACUAGGAGCAGCUCAAACAUGUUAUUUGAGAGAGAAAGCUGCCAACUUUGGCAUCAGUGGGUACAACUCUGGAAAAUAAUGUCCUUGGAUAAGCAAAUCCUUGCUUUGUGUUUCUUCUCGCCUGGGAUCGCUUCCUAAGUUAAAGGGCCAAAUCCUGCUCCCAGAUUUCCUUCCUCGGCCCACUGAAGUCAAACGAGGAUGUAGCUGGGGGCAGAAUUUGUCUCCCUGUCUUUUGAAAUGGUAAUCUGGCAGGACGCGGGCUGGGUUCAGCGGGCGCAGCCCGCACAGCCCUGUCUGCAAGUGCCCCCCGAGCAAGGCCGGGGCACCCCGAGCCUGCACGGUCCUGCCUGCGCUGCGGGCUCUGGGGCAGGCAAACUGGGGCAGAAAGUACCCGGGUAAAUAAAUAGUUUCCAGCUGCCAGGGCUCCGAAUGGCCAGGAAUGUGUGUAAUAACGCCAUGAAGCACCCACCGGGCGUUAUCUCCCGUGGCAAACAGACCUGAGGUUUAUUUUUAUUGAUUUUUAAUUCUCCUCAAGAAUUAUUUUGUGUAGGAAGGGAAGCUGUUUGUUUUUGUUUAUCAUGGAUAAAACGUUGUGUAUUGAAGCCUUUUGUUGAACGAUCGCAUUGUCCAACAACACCCUCAUUUCUUUUAAAGUGUGAUGCUUUUAUAGACUUUACCAAUGUUUUUGCUGCCAUUGAUUAAAACGUUAUUUAUACUAAUUGUUGCCUGUAGUUUUGACGUAAGUCGUCCAUAUAUAUUUGAAAUAAUAAAAGGUGUGGAGAAACAGA